AUGGAUGCCUGGGGUUUACCCGACGAAGGUUGGAAACCGCCGGAGGUCCAACCCAGAAAGGAGAAGCGCGCCAAACAGAAGCAGAACAAGGCGGUGCGUCCAUACACCGAGACAGAACCUUCGCCCCGUGCGUCGCAGGAGGCUAGCGCACAAGACAAGCUCGAUCGCGAGCUUCAGCGCCCGAACCCAUACACCGCGGAGAGCACUUCUUCUCCACGACCGGACGCGCAGGAGAAGCUACGUCGCGAGCGUCUGCGCCUUCUUGCGGACGCAGGCUCCAGUGCCCAGGGUUCGGAUAGUCCAGCCCUCGGGUCAGCAUCCACUUCGAAUCGCCCGACAUCGCCCGCGCCAACAUACACGAGCCUGCCACCGUACACUCCUGGCCCUUCUCAACCUCGACCGCAGUCUUCCCGUGAGGGCUCUCAGGCGAAGACCAGUUCUUUCCUCAACCGGCUCGGCCUCACUACGUCGCGCAGGCGUAGUAGGGAGCCCGACUGGGCCGUGGCAUCAAAUACAUCCACAGACACAAGGCCUCUACCGACCGUCCCGGACGCUGGUCACAGUUCCAGCGGAGCUCGUGAGGGAGCGGGGCUUGAUGAUAAGUCCGGUGCUGCGGGUCAAGCGAGCACCACCAACGACGGCACUUGA